CCGAUCCGGAGCGGCGGGGCCGUGGAGGGCGGGGGAGACACCGGGCACGGAGCUGCUGCCGCCGCCGCCGCCGCUCUCCGGCGCCAGUUUGCUACAGUAGCUGGAUGGUUCUAAUGAGCACAGCAUACUGUUCCAGCUCACUUUCUCUCUUCGAGUUUGGCUACAUGUGGUGGUUUCAAUUCUGCAUGUAGGCAGAGGCCAGGCCCUGCUAACUUUGAGAACCUCAGAAGUUGGUGGCAGAGUUGAAUCUCAGACCUCCUAAGAGACUGACCACGUGUGUGUUUUCAGAUGCACCCCCACCUGUGAGCAGCGGAAACCUGGGAAGAUGAGAAGAGGAAGCUUAAGCCCAGUUCCUGAGAUGCGACGAUGAAGUUUCAGCCUGAUUCCAGAAUCUGAGACGCAGUAGAUGGUGCUGAAGCAACACUGAGGCUCCUCCUGUGAAAUAUCCACAUUCCAGUGUGUAUAUAGAAAGUGCCUGCUGGCUCUCCCAAGUGUUGAUGGUCCUGUGGCAAGAGAUGCAUUCCGGGACGAGAAAACACUGACUGUUAGUUUUAAAAAUGUUAAUAAAUAAUUCUUCAUGUUACUUUUUGGUUCAUCAUUGCUUAUGAAGGUCCUCUCAAGAAUGCAGGUUGAUAGUGGUGGUCUGGGUGCUGAAUAUUGACACAGUGUCAUCAUCUCUCAGUUCACAAAAGUACACGUGUCUUGGAACUGUGGACAUUUGAGAAGUGAUAGAUAUAUAUCCCAUUAGUGAAAGUCUUGAGUGUAAACUUACAUCAGUUCUAAAAAUGGGAAGAAUUUUUCUGGAUCAUAUCGGUGGCACUCGCCUGUUCUCCUGUGCAAACUGCGACACGAUUCUGACCAACCGUUCCGAACUCAUCUCCACUCGUUUCACCGGCGCCACAGGAAGAGCCUUUCUUUUUAACAAGGUGGUAAAUCUGCAAUACAGUGAAGUUCAGGAUCGGGUCAUGCUCACUGGCCGCCACAUGGUUCGAGACGUGAGCUGCAAGAACUGCAACAGCAAACUGGGUUGGAUCUAUGAAUUUGCCACUGAAGACAGCCAGCGCUACAAGGAGGGCCGUGUCAUCCUGGAAAGAGCAUUGGUCCGAGAGAGCGAAGGAUUUGAGGAGCAUGUUCCAUCUGACAAUUCCUGAAGAGACCUGAGUCUCUUCUCAGGUUCUCUUCAAUUGAAACUCAAGUAUAAUAAAAUCAACAAAAAAAUCUGCUUACAUACACUGUCACCUUAGCAUCAGAGUCGGAUUCAUGGACUACAGAGUGGGAAAGAUUGUGAGAGUAUUUCAGAUGGAACCUUCCUUUCUUUAUUCCGUUUAUAUUUUACUUUCCCUCCAGCAGCUGUUUGUAAAAAGAAUGUUGUGCAGAUGCUGUAACUUUUUCUCUCUUUCAUUUACAUCUGUUAGAUUUGAGAUCGUAUCUACAGAUACAGUGGGCUAAAAGGAAAAUAUUUGGGGGAUUUGUCUUUUGUUAGAGAGAAAUUCAAUGAGGUUUUUUUUUAGUUUGCACAAACUGAUGUCAGCAUCGAAUUAUUUUAAAACUUCAGAUUUUUUUUAAAAAGUAUAUUCCAAUUUUUGGCUUAAGUUUUUAGUUAGGUUUUUUUUGGGUUUUUUACCCAGUCUUUUCAACUGGUUUGCUAGCUAAAGUGAAGAGAUCCGAAUUUGUGCUGAGUGCUAAAGGUUCAGUGUUGGUACGGCUUGGGCUGGCCCGUGUGCCAUAUUCUUGUUGAGGUUGAUUGGUAGCACAGAGCCCAUUAUUUCUUGUCAUUCUUGACCCAAAGAUGUCUCCAUUCCUCGUUUAUUUGUGAAGUCCCAUUCACCAUGUAAACUGGUGUUGAUUGGAAACUAUUCUUGAAAUAGGGCAAAACUGCUUGGCUUUUUUUAACUUUAACUGAUGUAACUUAUGAGCAUAGUAAUAAUAUAAAAUAAUAGCUGUCUGUUUAGUCUUGCGUUGCUUACAAAUCCAGCUGUGUUUGUAAUGAUAGGGAUCCACUGAGAAACUACUGUUUCAGUAGUGAUUUUUUUUUCGUUUUCUCUACUAAUCUUAUUAAGUAGACAGGGAAUUGCAAAUCUUAAUUCUUCUUCAAGUAGCUUUCUUUAAACCCAGAACUUCCUAUGUUAAACACAGCUGCUGUGUAAAAGGAGAAGAUUGCCAGCACGUUUGUUCAUGCCUAGAGUUAUGCAAUCCGCAUCUCUUGAAAAGAUUAACUUAAACAGCUUGUUUUCAAAUGCUGCUUCUGGUGUUGAAACCUUUAUCUUUCAACUUUGUUGAACCUUUUCGUUGUGUUGUUACAUUUUUAUCUUUCUGGGCAGCAGUACGUGUCAGCCUGGUAGUAACUAGUGACUUGGAUUCCUGCUUUGUUCUUGUAGAGGUCAGCUCUGUUUAAAACAGUGAUCUUGCUUGCCUUUUUAGCAAAAAUGCUCUUCAGUAACUUAACUCAAGGGUGCCCAAACACUUUCUUUGUGUCUUAAGCCAUAAGUUAAGAUCUCAAGGGCUGAAAUUUAUUUGAAUGUUAGAUAUGUAUGAUUUCUUAUCCAAGAUACAAGUUAGUUGUGUUUUUUUUCUUAUUGGAUAAGUUGUGGUCAACAUGAAAUAAGUUACCCACAGACGUAGAAAAAGGAGGGGGGCAAACCCCACCCAACCAAACAGGUCUGGGCUCUGACAUUUCAGAAUAACUUCCCUAGCCAUUGCUCCAUAUCUGAAACUAAAAUGGGGAGGGUGACUAUGCAGAGUAUUUUUCUUAAUUUUUUAGUUGCCAAGUGGCAAUUUGGACACCCCUGACUUGAAUCUACUGCCUCUUUCAUGUAAAAGUAGCUUUAUUAUAGAAUUGUCACAUAGAAAGAAAAGAGUAGAUCAUAUACCAGAGCUGUGCUUGAAUCAAGCUGCUUAAACAAUAGUGUACUUGUGCCUCAAAUGAAUCAGUUUUUGCACUGAGUACAGUAGUACCCCAUUAUCUUGUACUCCUGUCCUUCACAGACCCUAAAAGCGCCAUUAGCAUGGUUCUCUGCAGUACUUUUCUUGUACUUCUGACAUUACAGUACAAUAAAGUAUGUUUUGUCCUGAACUGA